GAAGAGUUCGAGUCCACAGGGGAUAAACGUGCGCUCUCUUCGUUCGACACUCUGGGUGGCAUUGGCCUUGGUAAACGUGCUCAUCUCAGCACAAUCGACUCACUUGGUGGACUAGGAAGCAAUACAUACAAUUCCUAUUUCUUGAAAAACUCCCUAGGCGACUGGUUUCACGUAUUGGUAAGUCGGCGGUUAGCUCUUUACGAUACGCUUGGGGAUCGCCUAAGAACGAGGAACCGCGAUAAAAAAGCACUCAGCAGUUUCGACACGCUUGGAGAUAAAUGCGCAAAUUCAGGAAUCGGUCUCGGGAAACGAUACGAUGUAAUGAAUGGAGAGAAGAAAUCGGUGAGCAGCUUCGACACUUUGGCUGGCAUUGGCCUUGGAAAAAGGGCAGGAUAUUUCACACCGGUUGGUUUUUCGAUGAAUCUGCUUUAA